AUGCCCACUAGAGUGACCAACAAAGCUGCAAAAACCAGUAAAAACUCAUCUGCUGAAAAGAUGAAAUCAAAAGAACCUAAAAAGGCUCCCGUGAAAACUGCAAACAAUAAGGUUACCAAACCUGUGGGGAAAUCCAAGAGCCCGCUCCCAACUUACAAAGAGAUGAUCAUCGAAGGCAUUGCGUCUUUGGGCGAUCGUAACGGAUCCAGUCGUCAGGCUUUGAAAAAGCACAUUUCAGGGAAAUAUUCAUUGGGCGAGGGGUUUGAAAAUCACUUCAAUCUGGCAGUAAGACGCGGGAUCGAAUCUGGUGAAUUUUCGCAGCCAAAAGGGCCCUCUGGACCCCUGAAAGUGGUCAAGAAACCCGUUCAUCCCAAAUCUGAAACAACAGCUGAUGCUAAGAGCCGGACUACUUCUAAGACCAUCGAAACAGAGCCUCCGAAACGCAGAAGGGAGUCUGUGUCGAAGAAGCCAAAGGAAGAGGAAAAUUCCAAAGUCAAGGAAAGAAGAAGAAGCUCUGCUUCUUCCAAGUCGGCUCCUGCUCAUAAAGUUGGCAAAAAAGCUCCAAUGCAGGCCAAAAAAACGACUUCAAGACCUCCUGCUAAGUCUGUUGCCAAGCCCGUAAAGCCUGCCGCCCGCAAAGUAGCGGUCGCCUAG